UCAUUCGAUGCGAUGACAAUAUAUAUAUAUAUAUAUAUAUAAACCAGUCUCCGUAUCUCUAAAACUCUUCCCAACCAGAUCUUUCUCAGGGCCGUGCCAAUCGUUUCCUUCCCUCAGACGCCUUGCCGCCCAAGGCUCCGCUCCUGUCUUCUACCCCCAUCGUUUCAGUCCCCCACCUAGCCCAACAUGAAGUCCCAUAUCUUGCUAGCCCUUUCGCUGGCCGCGGGCAUCGCCUCCAGUCAGCCCGUCAGCCAUGAGCCUAACAGGGCGGCCAAAAAUGCGGUCGACGCCAAGCGCGCCAUGCCUGCCGACUUGGCUAACGGCCGUCAAAUGCUGAACAAGAGACAGUGGCCGCACGACUAUAUUCCUUACCCUGUCCCUGACAUUGAUGUCGACGACGAUGCGGAUGUCGAGGCUGAGGAGGAGUCUGAAGAGAAGACUGAUGAGGGGUUUGAAGAGGGCUUUGAAGAGGAAUUCGAAGCUGAGGCCGAAGCGAUCGCCGAACUUGUGAAUGAGCGUCUUCCGGUAAAGAGACAGGAGCUCGAUUACACCCCUGACACUGAGGCCGAGGCGGCGGACUUGGCUGAAGCUGUAGCCGAAGCCGAUGACGACUAUACCGAUGUCAGCCCUGAGUAUGAGGACGACCAGGAUAUUGACGUUGCUGACAUCGAGCCUGAAUAUGACUACGACCAUGAUAUCGAUAUCGCCCCUGACUACGAAUAUGACUAUGACCAUGAUAUUGAGGUCGUCCCUGAAUACGACUACGACCAUGACCACGAUGUCGAUGUCGACGUUGAUGUCGAUGUCGAUGUGGAUGCCGGUGUUGAUGGACACGACUUUGCUGUAGCUGCCGCCGAAGCUGAGGCAGCAGCCUAUGCUGAAGCUGAAGCUGAAGCCGCGGCUGGAUAUGGAGGUUUUCCCGUGGUGAAGAGACAGGAGCUCGAUUACACCCCUGACACUGAGGCCGAGGCGGCGGACUUGGCUGAAGCUGUAGCCAAAGCUGAUGACCACGACGAUGACGUCGAUGUCGUCCCUGGGUAUAAUUACGACCAGGAUAUUGAUGCUGUUGACAUCGAGCCUGAAUAUGUCUACGACCACGAUAUCGAUAUCGCCCCUGACUACGACUAUGACUAUGACCAUGAUAUUGAGGUCGUCCCUGAAUACGACUACGACCAUGACCACGAUGUCGAUGUUGAUGUCGAUGUCGAUGUCGAUGUCGAUGUCAAUGGAACCGACAACGACGAGGGGUACGAAGACCAACUCGAAGGCGGUAUUCGAGAACAACUCGAAGCUGCAGCUUUAGCUGGAGCCUAUUAAACAUAUGCACGGUAGCCUGCAUAUGUUGAAAAGGGCCUCCUGCCAAACCUACAGCGUCUGAAACUAGCAAAGAGUCACCGUGUCAGACAUGAUUUCUUAUAGCUAUUGGUCUACGGUCUUACUUUUUGUUAUUUCUGACCCUCGUUUAUCUCCGUUUUGGUGUUUGUAUGCUGGUUGUGCAUGGUCAGAGUCCGCCUUACUAC